AUGUUCACUAGUAAGAUUUUGUUCAAUAGCCGUUUGGCAUCGCUCAACUUGAAGAACAAGAAUGUGGUCGGAGUCACCUCUACUUUGUUCCCAGUCGGUGGUGUGAACGCACAAUCACAACCAUUGUUCUUGCAACAACAAUACAAUGAGCUCCACAAAUUAGAUUCACGUGGUCGUCGUCUCUUCUCGAGCAAGCCAUUCACCAUGGUCGAGACUAAGCUCGAGGAUGUCCAACAACCAGAGCGUCCAAUCUCCCCACAUUUAACUAUUUAUAAACUCCCAAUGCCAGCUAUACUCUCAGUCACUCAUCGUGCUACUGGUAUUGCUUUAGGUGUUGGUUUGGCUACCCUUGCUGGUUUGUCAGUUUUUGGUGCACACGAUGUUCCAUAUUAUAUUGAACUCUUCAAGCAAAGUUACCCAAGUUUGGUCUAUCCAGCCAGAUUCUGUGUUGCUUUCCCAAUCACCUUCCAUGCUUUUGCUGGUAUUAGACAUAUCUAUUGGGAUACAUUUUUGAAGGGAAUUAACACUAAGCCAGCCGAGUUCACUGGUAUGAUCAUUCUUGCAGCCUCUUUGGGUGUCUCUUUAAUUGUUACUUUCUGUCAAUUGACAUCAGCCUAA